AUGGAUGGUACUAAAGAAUUAGCUUACAAACCUCCGCCAGAAUUUCAUGAGGAUACAAAGGAGUCACUAGUUGAUCGUAAUCGAACCGACUCGACUGAACUUUGGCUUAUCCAAUGGCCGAUUAAUCAUCCUCCUGAUUUUGAUGAGCAAGAAGUUUCACUGAAUCUUCAUCAAAAUGGACUAUUGGGCACUUUUGCUGGUUCAUCUGGAAAGUCAUAUGACGUGGUCAGUUUCACAGCCCAAAAUCCAGACGCAACAGUGUUCUUACCUUCUGCCUCGGACUCAAAAAUUGUUGGAAAGAUUUCACGACGUGUUUCGCUUGUCCAUUACCCUGAGCCUACCGAACUCCAAAAAGACAAUACCAAAAAUCUGAAACAGCUGUAUCAGAGGUCUUCUGGAACUUUUGCAACUCCUACUCAAAAUCUUAGACUGAGUAACUCACAAUCAGCUGGUGGUACUGCAGCCUUCUCACAUAGUAGUAGGCCUAGGAGUUCUAUGUCUGGAGCAGGGGAGCUAUCAAAUCCUUCAAAAAGAAGACAUGUUGAUGGGCCCACUAGAUCCAUUGACCAUUCUGCUCAAGAUUCAGGACGGGGUCUCAGUGCAGUUACUUCUUCAGGGUCCUUAGAGCAUUCCCAAGAAAAGAAAUCAAAGAAGAAAAAUAAAAAGUAG